UGGACUUUGUCCGGACCUCAGCGAAACCAUUUGCCUACACUGGCGCAACACUCUACCGAAACAACGAGGAUUCAAGAACGAUUACAAAUUACCGGUCACCAACUUCCUCCGACCAAUUCCUAUAAACAAUAGAACACACAACAUGGGCUGGUUUUCGUCGUCCUCCGACACCUCUAAAGCCUCCGACGGCGGCCGCAUCGCCCCCGACAGAUCCUCGCGCGAACGAUGCUGGGAAGGCCGUGACCGCUUCUUCGCCUGCUUGGACCAGAACAAUAUCCUGGAUGCUGUUAAGGAUGACAAGGAGGCACGGGGGAAAUGCGGGAAAGAGGUUGAAGAGUUUGAGGGGGCUUGUGCGAAGGCUUGGGUGAAAUAUUUCAAGGAGAAGCGAGUGAUGGAGUAUAACCGGGACAUGACAAUUGAGCGGAUCAAGAAGGAAGAUGCGGAACGAGUAGCAGAUUUGAAAUCUCAAGGGCGCGCGACAUAGUGAAGAUUCUCGACCAGAGGUUUACGAAGGCCCAUGACGUGACACGAGAAGGAGAUGGAAUUUCAAAAAUGAAUGUACUAUAGCUCACCUGUAUUAUGAUUUGACUGAGGUUGUAUUUGUAGUUAUAUCCAACCAAAUCCCAUCUAUCAUCAAUAGCAAAGCUCCUUUUAGAGCAAAUCAUUGAACUCAGGUAUUAGAUGUGUACAGAGUACCGUAUAUGCAAUCCCAUCUAUAGCAGGUUCCAUCGCAAAGUCACAAUCCCAGGGGAAAGACAAUCAUUCAUAUGCAGAAAUGAAGAAACCAACGAGGGAACAAAGCACAACAGUAAAUAUACAGGACGCUUUAUCAUCCCUGUCGACUGGCACC